CGCGCACGCGCCGCGACCCGCGCCGCGCCGGCGAGGUCAGGCGGCCGGCCGGCCCGGCAGUCAGUUGUAGCGCGCGCGUGACGGCGUCACCAGGCCCCGACGACAGCUCCGGCAGUCCACUCACCUGGACCGUCCCGUCAGCCUCAGACUCCGGACUCCGACCUCAGCCGACACCAGUCUGCCCUCAACUGCCCGCUCCGCCCCGCGCAGAGAGGCGCCUCAGGACCAGACCCCGCGGCGCGCGCGCCAGUCACCCCUAGUGUCGGACCUCAGUGCCGCGCGCGGUCCGCCGCGUUCUACCGAUCCGCGCCGCGCUGGUAUGAGCUAGUGUGCCACCAUGCUGGCACGCCUGCUGGUGUUGAGUGUGUGCGUCUGGGGCCUGAGCGGCCCGGCGGCCGGGCAGCAGACAUGGACCCGCCGCGACCGCAGCGCGAAGCCGCCGGCGCAGUUCACCGGAGACAGGGACCCGCUGCUCUACAACAUGUUCGAGGUGCUCAUCUCCUCGCUCGACGACAAGUUCAAGCGGGUGGACACGAUCGAGCGCGCCAUCCACAUGGUGAUGCGACACAUGGAGAUCAUGGACAGCCGGCUGCAGGAGAGUAACAACAUGACGGCCACCAUCCUCAACAGGGUGGAGAGACUCGAGGAGCGCGUGGCCGGCCGUCCGAUCCCCUCGGGCGGAGUGCCCGCGGGAGCCACGUCCGCGGUGCCGGCGCAGCUGGAGCAGCAGCUACAGUCGCUCGACCGCCGGCUGCAGCGCAUCCAGCACACCGUGGACGAACUGGAGGUUGUGCCCGUGGACGACGUCGAGCCGAGCGCUUCCAGCCGGACCACCCAGACGACCAGCAAGAGGGGCUCUGUUCGGCCACGGGGCCGCACGACGCAGGACGUCUCACAUCAACUGGUGAAGGACGCCGAGAAGAUGGUGCAGACUAUCAACGAGGUGCGCGGCAAGGUGGUGGCGAUGGACACCAAGCUGAGCUUCCACAUGGGCCAGAUGUCGGACAACCUGUCAGCCGUCAUCAAGUCCGUGUCGGACGUGUCGGGCGUGCUGCUCGAGCCGCCGCGCACCAGCGACUCAGGCGUCGCCGGACGCUCCAAGCUCGACCUGCUCGUCAACAAGAUCGAGCCGCUCAUGGAAGUCUCCAGCAAGAUGGACGAGGUGUGGAACGUCGUCGUCGGCACCAAGUCAUCGAUCGACGACCUGGUGCCCAAGUCUGAGGAGCUGAUUCACACCACGAGCAGACAGGAGCGCGCCAUCAACAGCAUCCACAGCGACCUGCAGGAGCGCACCAAGCAGAUCAUCGACAACCUGGGCAUGGUGGAGCAGCGGCUCAAUAAGCGCGUCGACACGACGCCGGCGCGCGCCAGGGCCGUCGACGGCGACUCAGACGAGAACGAGCCGGUGACGGCGUUCAGCCAGGGCAGAGCGACCGAGAACACCAAGCGCUACAUCCGCCCGGUGGCCUUCCCGACCCGGCCGACCACCUCCACGGCGCCACUCAGCCGCGAGAGGCUCGACAAGGAGGCUCCAUUCGACCUGCUGGAUCAGCAGUUCCUGGAGGCCUUCCAGAACUACACGGCGUCGCAGACGGACGAGUCGACGACGGCGACGCCGGUGCCCCGGUCCGGUAACCGCGGCCGUCCGAACGGUAUCGUGUUCCCGGGCCGCGCGCCGCCGGCCGCCAAUAACAGCACCUUCAUCACCGGCGGCGAGCAGCAGGACAACGUCAACAUCGGGGGUUACUCGUGCGAGGAGUUCCGGGAGAAGGGCCUGAACAAGUCUGGCGUGUACUACCUGCGCAUCCACGGCACCAGCUACUGGUAUCUGCGCGUCUACUGCGACAUGGAGACGGACGGUGGCGGCUGGACGGUGGUCCAGAGGAGAGACAACUACGGCGAGGACGACCAGCAGAGCUUCAACCAGCCGUGGGAGGAAUACAAGCAGGGCUUCGGCAACCCCACCAAGGCCUUCUGGCUCGGCAACGAGAACAUCUUCAUGCUCACCAACACCGAGGACUACCAGCUCAGGAUCGAACUUGAAGACUUCGAUGGAGAGACUAGGUACGCCCAGUACAGCAACUUCAAGAUGCACGGCGAGAAGGAUAACUACAAGCUGGAGAUCGGCGGAUACGAGGGCAACGCCGGAGACUCGAUGAACGACCCGUGGUACGGCAGCAACCUGAGUCCGUUCUCCACGUACGACAGGGACAACGAUCGCUCGAGCCUCAACUGCGCGAGUAUGCUGAAGGGCGGCUGGUGGUGGCGCUCGUGCGGCCGCGGUCUCAACGGCCUCUACCUCACCGACCCCAACGACGUCAUUGCCAGACAAGGUAUCGUGUGGUACCGCUGGCGCGGCUGGGACUACUCGCUGAAGCGCUCAGUCAUGAUGAUCCGACCGAACCGACGUGCGAAGGAGGCUGUUGCAGAGGCCGACGCCGACUGAGAGCGCCGGCGUCGGUGCGGAGCCGCUGCCGCCCACAGUAUUAGCGGGGGCGGCGCCGAGCGAUCGGCCGCGGGCUGGGGCGGCCGCGGUAUCCGCGCGCGGGCCAGCCCGGCGCCCCGCCGGAGAGAUGGGAGGCGCCCUGGGCAACGGCGAGCUGAGGAGUUAUCAGAGGGCUAGGCAGCGUGAGAGCUUUAAUGGCCAAUAGGAACGACGGCAGUCGGCUGCUCUGAAGGUCAGCGCCCUACCACAAGCUUCGCAGGCACUGGCAUGCUCAUAUGAAAACCGUGAAUAGUGUCGCUUGCAGAUCCACCGAUCCGUCUAGCGCCGGCCCGCCGGACCGGACAUCGCCCAUGUAGUUAACCGCGCUAUGUUAGAGUUGUCGAGUUCGACCCGGUUCGCUUCACGCCGACGUCUUUCUUGUUCGCCGAGGCCGUCUGUAACAUUAUGUGUCGCUGCGGUGCGCCGCCGUUGGCGCUGGUCAAAAUCUAUCCUCGUCUCGAGACACCGAAUAGAACGAACGGAACCUGGCGCCGAGGUCGGACUGGCGACUGGCCUGCAAAACUAGCGUAGCUCCGUCAAACUGCGAGGGCUAGAAGGUAGAGCCGUGCGUAGGUACAGCGAGCGGAGAUCGACAACGAGCAGUUGGGUGGGCUUCGAGAGCAAAGUGAGCGGUCGCUUCUGCUGGCAGCAAGGUUGAUUUGACGCCCUGUGCUGGAUUGCAGUAUCCAGCCCCGAGGGCGCACAGGGCCUGCUAGGCUGAGUGUUAUUUAAUGAUGUUGUGUUACAUAUGUAAAUAGUUAGUGUCUUGUGUAAAUAAACGAUGUGGUACUGUG